ACGAUGAACAGGGCAUUGCUGUUGUUCAUGCUGUGCAAGUGUUUAGCUGCUAGUAUUACUUCUACGCACUUUAAAAACCGCCCCGAAUACAAUGAUAUGAGUGUCAAUGGUUUACUGGAGGAACCCAAUGUGUUGAACAGAGUACAUUGUGGGGUGCUCUGCUUAAAGAAUCAAUGCUUGGCGUUCAUCUAUAAUGCAAAUACAAGGGUGUGCCGCCGUAGUUCGUCCCUCCCACAAGCACACGAGGUAGACGUUCCUGAAGUGGGUGCACGGUUCUACGAAACAGGAGUUCCUGAAGAAACACCUCCAGCUGCAAAUCCACACAAUUGCUCUGACAUAAAGCAAUGUCUUCCUGGGGCCACUGACGGUGAAUACUGGAUCUACUCACCUACCUUGGGCAACAAGAAGGUUCGAAUCUACUGUCACAACAUGUCAAGUGUACCCAGCGAGUAUGUGACCUUGUUCCAUACUAACAAGGGAGACUACCCAGGCGUCAGAGACCUUGACUGUGACGGGGAAGAGCCAAUGACGGGUGGAAAAGCUGGAGUCACAAGCUUCUCGAGAGUCAAGGUCAACGCUGAGAAUAUGACUGUGAUAACAGACGACUAUGAGUUUGCAUUUUCAACGGGCACACCCAGCCCGUACGGACAGGGUCUGGACUGCUACACCCGCCAUUCUGGGAAUGUUCGGAAUACAUGUGGACCCAAGGGAACAUUCCUCAUAGACACCAGAGGAACCGGGCUAUUGUUCAGUAAAAAUAUACAAUGGCAAUACAAGAACCCUAAUUCUUGGGGAAUCGCACAACGUUUCCAUAAUGGAACAGUGAUUGAGAUUCUUGGAGGGGGGAACUGCGGGGGUGUCAAGCCGGCGGAAGACCUCCAGUUCGAGACUAACACCAACGAAGAUCUCGACGCACAGAGCGCAACAAGCUGUUAGACUGACGGAAGAUACUACAGAAGACACAUUAGCUUCAUACCAUUGAUAUAUUACUUUCUGCUGAUUUCCUACGAUCGAGAUGUAUUUUCUGUACUGUACAACCAAUCCGUUUCUUCAGGAACAAAUCAGUUCAUGAACGUAACUUUACUGUAGAAAUAUAGAGAGUACAAAGUCAGAUGACAAUAAUGGAUUACAAUCACAAUAUUGCAGACGUUUUUUCUAUGUACAAAAGUAUGUUGGAUAUACAUACUAAGUUUGCGAAUAUAACUUGUAUUAUAAGUGUUU